AUGGCCGCGAAGUCGGACGGAGGAGCGGCCGCCGCCGCCUCGCCCUCCGCGCUGGCGCGCCGGGAGGGCGGCGAGGGCGGCGGCGGCGGCAGCCUGGCCCGGGGCGCGCGGCGGGGCGCGGCGGCGCUGCCGGCCCCGGGCCCGGGGAGCCCCUCGGCGGCGGCUGGGGCUGGGGCGGGCGCGGCGCUGCUGCUGCCCGGGCGGCGCUACAGCCUGCUGGACUGCUGCUGGGUGCUGGGCGCGCUGCUGGUCUUCUUCUCGGACGGCGCCAGCGACCUGUGGCUGGCGGCCGACUACUACCUGCGCGGCCAGUACUGGUGGUUCGGCCUGACGCUGCUCUUCGUGCUGCUGCCCUCGCUGGUGGUGCAGCUGCUCAGCUUCAGGUGGUUCGUCUACGACUUCUCGGCGCCCGCCCGCGCCGCGCCCGCCGCCGCCGCCGCCGCCUUCAGCACCAAGGACAGCGCCGGCGGCCCCAAGGACGCCGCCCGCCGACCCCCGACGCCGCCGCCGACGCCCCGCGCCGCCCCCGGCCGCCCGCCCGGGCCCCGCGGCUGCUGCCGCCUCUGCGUCUGGCUGCUCCAGUCCCUCAUCCACCUCCUGCAGCUCGGACAGGUCUGGAGGUACCUGAGAGCCCUCUACUUGGGGCUCCAGAGCCGCUGGCAGUCGGAGCAUCGCCGGCGCCACUUCUACUGGAGGAUGAUGUUUGAAAGUGCAGACAUCAGCAUGCUGCGGCUUCUGGAGACCUUCCUCAAGAGCGCCCCCCAGCUGGUCUUGCAGCUAAGCAUCAUGGUGCAACAGAGAAACAUAUUGCCGCUGCAAGGCCUCUCCACUUCGGCCUCGCUGGUCUCCCUCGCCUGGACGCUGGCUUCCUACCAGAAGGUGCUGCGUGAUUCCCGAGAAGACAAGCUGCCCAUGUCCUACAAGGGAGCGGUGGUGCAGAUCCUGUGGCACCUCUUCACCAUCGCCGCCCGGGCCAUCGCCUUCGCCCUCUUCGCCUCCGUGUUCCAGCUCUACUUCGGCAUCUUCAUCGUCACCCACUGGUGCAUCAUGACCUUUUGGAUCAUCCAAGGCGAGACCGAUUUCUGCAUGUCCAAGUGGGAGGAGAUCAUCUACAACAUGGUGGUCGGCAUCAUCUACAUCUUCUGCUGGUUCAACGUCAAGGAAGGCCGCAGCAGGUGCCGCAUGUCGAUCUACUACGUCAUCACCCUGUCGGAGAACGCUGCCCUCACAGGGCUCUGGUACUGGUACCGGGACACGGACGGGUUCCCCGAAUCCAACGCCUUAAUCAUCGUCUGCGUGGUCACCUCCAGCUUCGCCUUAGGGGUCUUCUUUAUGUUCAUCUACUACUGUCUCUUGCACCCCAACGGAACCGUUUUCCGGCCCCAGGACACAGGUUGCAUUUGCAGCGAGGAGCGCACGGCCGUCCCCUGUGCCGCGGGAGGCCCCGUGGACGUCGUCACCAGCCCCCCACGCUCCUUGCCGAGGACUACAGGGGCUGAGAGGGAGGGGGUGCCCGGAGACAGAGACAGCUGUGUGCCAGUCUUUCAGGUCCGGCCCAGCGUGCCCCCGACCCCCAUUGCCCGUGCCCCACGGACAGAGGGCCCCGUCAUUCGCAUUGACCUGCCUAGGAAGAAGUAUCCUGCGUGGGACGCCCAUUUCAUUGACAGGCGCCUCCGAAAGACCAUCCUGGCACUGGAGUACACUUCUCCGGCGACGCCACGUCUGCAGUACCGCAGCAUAGGGGCCUCUCAGGAGCUGCUGGAAUACGAGACCACAGUGUAA